UUCUUCCCGCGCGCUCUACCCUUCCUCCCGUCCCUCCCUGAGAAACAACACAACCAGCUACUGGUGUUUAUGAGUCUCGCUAAUGAAUCCACUCUCAAGUGAUCAUUAAAGUCUCGCAUUUGCGUAACGCGAGGUGUAGAGACCUAUGAAGGAUAUGUGAGAUCCUGAGAGGAAGUUUGGGGGGUGUCCGCGCUGAGACUGAUCCAGAAUCAGAUUUAUGGAAGGCAGCUGUUGAGGGCUUGACAGACAGACGGAUCCGAGGACUCCAGCACUGCAGCGUAACACAAGCAGAUUUGAGCCUGCAGAGGAGUGUCGAUCACAUUAAAACAGCAAGGAUGGUGCGUGAGCAGUACCUCACCACCACAGAUGACUCUGGGGCCCUGUCUUCGGUCUCUGAGUACAUCUACAUGAUCGGCAUUUACGGCUGGCGGAAACGCUGCCUCUAUCUGUUUGUUCUGCUUCUCUUGAUCAUCAUGGUGGUGAACUUUGCCCUUACGAUCUGGAUCCUGCGAGUUAUGUGGUUCAAUACAGAAGGCAUGGGAUACCUGCAAGUCAAUGCAGAUGGGCUGAGACUGGAGGGUGAAUCAGACUUCCUGUUCCCUCUCUAUGCCCAGGAAAUCCACUCCAGAGAGGAUUCAGCUCUUCUGCUGCACUCCUCUGAAAAUGUUACGCUCAACGCUCGCAAUGCCAAUGGUGACGUAACAGGAAGUUUGUCCGUAGGUCCCAGUCAGGCUGAGGGUUUUGGGCAACACUUCAACAUCAGCUCAAACCAUGAUGAGAAUUUAUUUUAUGCAGAUGAAAAUGGAGCCGUUGUGGGAAAAGGAAAGCUCCGUGUAACAGGUCCAGAGGGCGCUGUCUUUGAGCAUUCUGUUAGGACUCCUCUGGUCAAAGCAGUACUCAACAAAGAGCUGAAACUGGAGUCUCCAACACGCUCUCUCAGCAUGGAUGCCCCAAAAGGCGUUCACGUCAAAGCCUUGGCUGGAAAUGUUGACGUGACAGCACAUUUUAACAUUCUGCUACACUCGACUACAGGACUGCUGGUCUUAGAUGCUGAAUCUGUUCGUCUGCCGACAUUACCUGUGGGAGAAGCCAGAACUUCAGGUGAUUCUCAGGGAAUGUACGAUAUGUUUGAGGUGUGCGUUUGUCCGAGCGGUAAGCUGUUCCUCUCCAACGCUGGCGUCUCCUCGACCUGCAGUGAGCACCAGGACUGCUGAAUGAAUUUCUGUCUGUAACACCUACAGUAGAAACAAAUCUCCCAUAGAAACAAGUACUUGACAUAUUCUUACAUUGUCUCUGGACAAGGUACAAAAAAUGCCACACUAAUUUAGUUACAAAAUGUGUCAUGUUACUGAACAGUUGUUCCCAACCCUGUUCCUGGAGUACCACUAACACUGCACAUUUUUGUCUCUUUUAUCUGACACCCUCACCUGAGGUCUUGUGCUGCAUACCAAUUUGCAUACUAUCUGUCCUAAACAGCAUUGAAAUUAUAAUUAGUGUGUCCCAAAUUGUAGUAUGUUGAAAUGAGUAUUAUGGAUGGUCUGCUUUUUCCAAUUAGAAUCCGAAGUGCAGAUCUGUGCACACAUUUUAAUGGCUAAUAUUGCCCUCAAUCCAUUGCACGUUGGAAGAGAAUUUGUUUAGAACUAAAAAAAAGUAUAAAAAGUGUUAAAAAACUACAAACAUGGAGGAGGCGCAAGACCAUCAGCUAAGUAGAGAGAUUUAGAUAAAGUUUGAGUGAUUGAUAAUCAGUAUCUAACCUGAUGAAAAUAUAUUUAUUCAAUGUUAUCCACAUUAUUUCAUCUGCAACAGCAUUGUGAACUUUGAAGACAUGAUUGGUAAUUAACUUUUAAAUGUAUCAUUACGCAAACACAUGAGAAGAGUUUUCUGCAUGAAAGACAUACUUUUAGGGCAUACUAUAAGUAGGCAAAUUGGGAUGCAGCAUUGAAGUCUUUAAUUACAAGCUGAUGAGUUGAAUCAGGUGUAUUUGAUUAGGGAGACAUCUUAACUGUGCAGUGAUGAGGACAGGGUUGCCAGGUCUGCACAACAUAAGCCAAAAAUAGCUCAAUGUGAAUUUCUCCAUCGGGCAGCUGAAUUUUCCACUGAAUUUGUAAGUCUGGGGGAUGUUCUGGGGGUGUUGUAGCACCAAAAUCGUAUGUAUGGGUGUGGAAAUCAACCUGUGGGAAAAAAAUUAACCCACGGCAACAACUUAAAAGUAGCCCACUUCCACAGGAAAACUGUGGACUUGGCAACACUGGCUUGGGACACUCCAGGAACAGGGUUGGGAACCACUGUUACUAAAUAUUAGCCUAGAGCAGGGGUGGGCAACUCUGACCCUAGAGAUCCACUUUCCUAAUCAAACACACCUGAACAAGCUAAUCAAGGUCUUCAGGUCCUACUAGAAAUGUAUAGGCAGGUGAGUUUGGACAGGGCUGGAGCUAAACUCUUAGGAACGUGGAUCUCAAGGGCUAGAGUUGCCCAAGCCUGGACUAGAGGGACGUUUAUCUGUCUGUUUGGGGUUUCACCAAGAUAGGGAAGAUGAAAUGUAUACAAUAGACAACACGCUCUCUUAGCAAUUCAUAAUUAUUUUAUGUUUGGUGGUUAAACAGUAUGUAUUUGUACGAUCUCAUUUGUAUGUUUCUGUACAAUCUGCUUACGCCCCACUGACUGUUAGGUUUAGGGGUGGACCUUUUCCGCAAAAAAAAAAAUCAGUACAAAUCACGUUGUAGGAAUUCAUGUAGAAUCACCACCCCGUAAGAUAGUUACGUUUUCUCAUGAGAUCAGGUUGACAUACACUAGUUUAUACUGUAUAUGGAAUAAAAUGAUUGAUUUUUUUUUUUCUGUUAUGUAAAAUUUUUCAAAAUUAGGCUGGGCAAUAAAGGAGCUGGUCAACAGCUGACAUCCUAUGCAAUAUAAUUUUGAGGUGCAAUAACCAAAUUCUGUGUGGUGAAUAUCAGCUAGUUAUUGUUUAAAGAUGCACUCAUUAAUAGAUAAAUUGAUUAUAACAUAAAACAUAUUGAGAUGGUUGUGCCUUGAGCUCCAUUGAGGGUUAUAAUAUAUGCUUCUGUAAAAUAGCGGAAUUCGCGCUGAAGAACUACACUACCCACAAUCCCAAAGCAGCGGCACUGAAGCACCAAAUCCCACUUUGAUGAGGCGCUGUGAUAUAAUCAAAUUCUAUUCUCUGGCAUGUGUUGUUGUAAGAUAUGAAGUGCUCUUGGAUUUUGAAUUUUAUACGCAAUGGUUUGAUAUCAUAUUUGGCAUCUCCAUUUAUUUGGUUAUCAAGAACGCUAAAUAAUCCCUAUGGCAGCUUGAAACAUUGGGAUUUGUGUUUCUUUUUUCCAGAACUGUUUUGCGUAUGUACUGUAUGACAAUGGUGAGAGUGAUAAUUUGUAUAUAUAUUAGCAGGAGAUCUUCACAUUUAUACAUCAGUUGUAUAUUCUAUUUUGAUUGAUGUAUUUUUUUUGAGAUUUACAUAUUUCAAGUCAAUAAUUGCCAUACUGAUUGUUGAAUUAUUAUAGUUUACAAUCAAACAUGCAUGAACAAGUGUAAAUUUGUUUUUCCACAUGAAAUGUUCCAAUGUUUGAUAUGAUCAUUUCAUUCAAACUAACCAAAGAAAUCAAACUUAACAGAAUGUUUUGUGUCCAAUAAAUAUAUAAAAAAGGUA